CCUAGCGAUGCGAGUUAACCAGUUGCUGUCGCUGCUGUCGUUGCUGAGUAUUCUGCCCCGGUUUGGAUGCCUGAACAUAAGGGCUCCGGAUGACGAGCGCUGUAACAUUCGUCCCUGUUAUGUCAUGAAUAUAAUUUGUAAUAAUAAUGGAUCGAUUGGAGAGUGCGAGGGAAAUGCUCGAUUGCUGGAAGAGAGCGAGUUCAGGGACGAUAUGGAUACCAUAUUCAAUACGUUGCGCAACACUGUGGCCGGUGGCAAGGAAUAUACGAAUCUGCCCAUGGCAGCGCACAUGGGCAAGAUGUACUGGGACGAUGAGCUGGCACACUUUGCUCGGCUGGACGUUCAACGUUGCAAAGUAGCACCGCGACCCCGGAUGUGCUCCAUGAACUUCAACCUCAUUGGCCGACUGGUCGAACUCUAUGGCUAUCACUCCGAUAGCCAGGGAUCCUCCACUAUCGAAACUAUUCGCAGCAUAGCCUACGGCUGGUCGGCUCAUGUGCCUAGCAUAACGCGAUAUCAAACGUUGCACUUGCCAUCCGAAUAUGACGUUGAAAACGGAUUAUUACAAUCUGCUCUUCUUUUGAUCGAGUACAAUACGCGAUUCGGCUGCGCUGCUCUGAGCUAUAAUAGCAAUAUAUACACGUAUAUGAUACUCAGCUGCGCAUUUGGCACAGACACUCAAGAGGGACAACGUCUAUAUAGCUGGGGCGGCACGCCUGGGAUCCGAUGUCAGCGUCGAGACACAACAUACCGUAAUCUCUGCGCCAGAGGCGAGAAGUACAGCUACGAUAUAAGCAGAAGAACAUUUGAUUCGUUAAGAUUGUCGAUAUUAUAGUUCCAUAUCAACGCGAUCAACUUAAUCUCAACUACAGCUUGCACCUAUUUUCAUUUAUAGCUAUAUAAAGCAAAUAUUGAGCUAGAUUUACAUGCAUCUUUACUUUGCCUUCAGAUCUUUGUGGAUUUUAUUUCAAAGCUUUUGGCAUAAAUGAUUCACGAGCACAACAUCAAACAACAUAAUCGGCAAAGAAAGAAAACUAUCAUUCAUUUCUUGUACCACCUUAUACUUAAACGUGGGGUACCAGACCCCAUCUACGACUCAAUCACAAACGAAAUCCGCCGGACUCGUGGCAAGCCUUAAAUAUUACAUGAAAUGCCGAAUCGCCAAUGAGAUGAGUCGCUGGCAAUCGCAAUGGCGAAACUCGAGGUGGAAAGCUGCUUCAACUAAUUGAACGAGGUCCAAAUACCCUUGCUUAUAUGAUCGAAUAUCGAAGAAAUAAUUAUUGAAUAUUAAGAAAAUUUUUCAUAUGGCUCGUGUAUUGUUAAACUUAAUAUUCUCUAUAUAUUAAUAUUAAAUAUAUAUAAUAAAUAUAAUUUGAUCUGUAUGAAUAUAUAUUAAA